CGCCGCGCCGGCCACUCUAGCCACUCUGGCAGUUACUCGUUGGUUCCCGGCUCCGCUGUCUGUUGUUCCUGGAGACACGCUCUGCACGUGGAGAGACUCGUGGACCCCGCGACUUCGCCCUCCCCACCCACAUGUUCGAGGAGCCAGAGUGGGCCGCGGAGGCCACAGAAGCCGCGGGCCUCGGGCCUGUAGCCUCACGGCCUCGGCCCGCAGCCACCUCGCAAGUCAAGGGCUCCAAGCGCCGCCAGCUCUUGGCCACAUUACGGGCCCUGGAGGCAGCAUCUCUUCCCCAGCAACCCCCCAGCCUGCCAGGCAGUGACUCUGAGGAGGAGGAGGAGGUGGUGAAAAGGAAGAAAAAACGCCCGAAAAAGGCCUCAUCUGCUAGUGUUUCUACUGAAGUAGAGGUGAUAAGGAAGAAGAAAUGUCAAAAACAGGGCCCACAUGGCAGGGACUCUGAGGAAAGGGAAGAAGAAAGCGAGAAUUACUGGAAAGGGGAUCUUGUUGGCAAUGAGGCAGUUACAGAAGAGAAAAGAAAGAGGAAAUGGCAGCAACAGGCCUCUUCAAAACCUGCCCAGCACCCAGGCAGUGUUGACUACAAAGGUCCCAAAGCUUCAAAGAGUAGUCCUAUAAAUGACCCACCCAAGCCAAACCCUGAGACCACUUCCCCUAACCUGUCUCAUACCCUGAGUCGAAAGCAGUGGCGGAACCGGCAGAAGAACAAACGGAGACACAAGAACAAGUUUCGGCCGCCUCAGCCUCCAGACCAGGCUCCAGCCACAGCCCCCAUAGAGGAGACAGAGAUGCCUCCUGCCCCCAGUCCAGACAGCCUUGAGGCUCGGGCAGAGGCUCUGCGAGCCCGCAUGGCACAGCGGCUAGAUGGCGCCCGCUUUCGCUACCUCAAUGAACAGCUGUAUUCAGGGCCCAGCAGUGCUGCACAACUCCUCUUCCAGGAAGACCCUGAGGCCUUUCUCCUCUACCACCGUGGCUUCCAGAGCCAAGUCAAGAAGUGGCCACUGCAGCCUGUGGACCGCAUUGCCAGGGAUCUCCGCCAACAGCCCGCAUCCCUGGUGGUAGCUGACUUUGGCUGCGGGGACUGCCGCCUGGCUUCAAGUAUCCGGAACCCUGUGCACUGUUUUGACUUGGCCUCCCUGGACCCCAGGGUCACUGUAUGUGACAUGGCCCAGGUGCCUCUGGAGGAUGAGUCUGUGGAUGUGGCUGUGUUCUGCCUUUCACUGAUGGGAACGAACAUCAGGGACUUUCUACAGGAGGCAAAUCGCGUGCUGAAGCCAGGGGGUCUCCUGAAAGUAGCUGAGGUCAGCAGCCGCUUUGAAGAUGUACGGACUUUUCUGGGGGCUGUGACCAAACUGGGUUUCAAGGUCAUCUGCAAGGACCUGACCAACAGCCACUUCUUCUUGUUUGACUUUCAAAAGACUGGCCCCCCUCAAGUAGGGCCCAAGGCUCAGCUCUCAGGCCUAAAGCUUCAGCCAUGUCUCUACAAGCGCAGGUGACCUCGAAAGAGGAGGCAAGUUUCAAAUUCCAGGCUCAGAACUCUGAGGACUGUCUCCAGCCAGGCUGUGAUGCAAGACCUGGUACCCCUCUCCCUCUGUCCCAAGAACAAAGAGUGAUGAAACCCCUGGCUUAACCCUGCUCUGAUGAAGCCUUCUUGGUUGCAAGAAGCAAGAAGUCAUUUGGGUUAGCUAAGAAUAAGCAGUUUAUUAUGAGAACACAGGUGUCUGGGAAUUACUGCUUCCCUAGAAGUCAUGGAAGUUCAAGGCCUCUCUGGGUUCGGCUCCUCUUUCCAUAUCUCUGUCCCAGCAUCUCCACUCUUUUCUCUUGAUGUGUCUGCAGACCAGCUCCGCCUGCUCACCCUUAGCUUCUCUUUCAGUUUCAGUCUACUCAGGCCUUCAAGGCCUCAGACAGGCAGGUAUUCCUUCUUGGCUCAGGGACAACCAACAUCCUGACUGAACACAUGAAUCUGGGCUUCUGGGUCAAGACUAUUUGAUUGUCCCUGUUGUUUCCCUUCUGUCCUCAUCUCCAUUUUUGGAGCCAUGUGGCCCAAACGAUUCCCAGCACCUAUUGUCUUCUGGGGCCCUGGUGUGUGUGUGACUGAGAACACAGAUUUGGGAAUCAGUGUAAUCUCUAAAUGUCACAUCCCUCUUUUGGAACAUGGUAGGAUUCCAGUCUCACAUGAUUGUUGUGUGGGUUCAUUGAGGAAACCUUGUUGCCAAGGCUGGGUACAUAAGAGGUGCUCAAUAAAGUGUAGCUAUGA